GAGUCUGCUCCUCGUGCUGGGAGGAGGAAGGGGCAGGAGGCCACGCUAAAGGACAGAAAGUGUCAGAAAUUGUACCAGGGACAGACAGGGAGAGGUGCCUGUGCCAGGGACAGGAAGCAGUGAGCUGGAGGUGCAGGAGAAAGAGCCAGAGCUGUGUGGGGCUGUCUGUAGGACUGCAACCCAGCAAAGCGCUACAACACCCUCAGGGUUUGCUCCGGGCUUUCAGAAGUAAUUGGCAGCUCAUUGACAGCUUUGUAAUAGCACUGAAAGCCGUGGGAGGGAAGCUGCACAGGGUAUCUGGAGCCCUGGGCUUUGCCCAGGCUCUGGUUUCCAGGCGUGGCGGAAGCGCUGGUUCGUGCUGCGCAGGGGCCGCAUGAGCGGGAACCCCGACGUGCUGGAGUACUACCGGAGCAGCCACUCCAAAAAACCCAUCCGCAUCAUCGACCUCAACGAGUGCGAGGUGCUGAAGCACUCGGGGCCCAACUUCAUCAAGAAGGAGUUCCAGAACAACUUCGUGUUCAUCGUGAGGACCACCUACCGCACCUUCUACCUGGUGGCCAAGACCGAGGAGGAGAUGCAGGUCUGGGUGCACAAUAUCAGCCAGAUCUGUAACUUCGGACAUCUGGAAGAUGGCACAGGUUCUGUGGAGAGCCUGUCUCACACCACCUCGUCCCCACAGCCCUCGCCGGCCGCCUCCACGCACGCGUCCCGCGUGGCCGACCCCUCCUUCUCCGAGGAGCACGCUGCUGCCGCCGAGGAGACCCCCAGCGAGUCCGGGUCCGUCUUCCUCCCUGACUACCUCUUCCUGUCCAACUGCGAGUCGGGCAAGCUCAGCCACAACAGGUGUGACAGCUGGUCGAACUCGGACAGAUCCCUGGAGCAGACGUCAUCGGACGAUGUUUUUGUGGACUCCUUGCAAUCGCAGCCCUCGCUGUACCUUGUGCAGCCGGGCGGCGCCGGCCCCGCGCACCAGGCCGGAGCCCCGGUGGCGAACCCCGGCGUGGUGUCCAGGAGCACGGACCUCAGCGGGCCGUCCAGUGACUUCUCCUCCUCCUCCCCGCUGCUGGGCACGCCGCUGACACCGACGUUCCAGCUGGAGCAGAGCCAGCAGGCGCUGCCCUACGGCGUCACGCAGCUGGACGUGCUGUCCAACACGCCCCCGCCGCGCCCGCCCAAGCCCACGCACUUCUCGGACAGGAGAGGGGACGAGCUGGGCGGCGGGGCCCUCCAGAACGGGCACGCUGGCAUCUGCAGGCCUCAGGUCGCUCUGGUGCCCAGGAGGAUCUCCUUGUCCAGCUUGGACAACGUGAGGAACUGGAAGGCAGACAUGGAAGGCAGUUCCCUAAGAAGUCGAGAUAAGAGGCUUAGCUUGAAUUUGCCGUGCCGGUUCUCCCCGCUCUGCGCGGCUGCGGACGGCGCGGAGGACAGCUAUGUGCCCAUGCGCCCCAGCACCUCUCCCUCUGACUGCUCCCCUGAUGGCUACAUCCCCAUGAGCCCUGCCUCGGCCACCUUCACCUUCCCCGUGGUCAGCACUGAAAAACUCACCAGCCCUCUGCCUGAGCUUCCCUCCGACGUGGAGCCCCCUCCCGUGAACCGCGACCUCAAGCCUCGAAGGAAGUCACGACCACCUCCCCUGGACCUGAGGAACCUCUCCACAAUCCGGGAACACGCUGCCGUCACCAGGAUGUGGACUGUGCCUUACAAUCGAAUGAGCUUUAUCUCACCAGAAAGAGACGGUAUUAAUUCAGCAAGAAUAUUUGCCAAUUCAGUUUCCGGGGAAGAGGAAGAAAGUUACAUUCAUAUGGAACACAGACAGGCCACAUCUCCAUACAGUGGUGCUUUUCCAUGGACAAGGAAAUCUAACCUUGAUUACUUAGCACUGGAUUUUAACUCUGCUUCCCCAUCCCCUGUGCAGAAGAAACCUUUUCUGUCUGAGGAACAGAGAGUGGACUAUGUCCAGGUAGAUGAACAGAAGACUCAAGCUUUACAGAACACUAAGCAGGAAUGGACAGAUGAAAGACAAUCAAAAGUGUAAAGAAGAUUUGGGAUCUGGAAGGGGCUUUUUUUGCACUGGAACCACAAUGUUAAUGAAGCAGCUAUCACAGCAGAGCUCAAAGGCAGAGAGAGCUGUAAGAUGCUUACAGCCUGUAGAGGCAUUUUUACUGGAAACCUUUGAUUUCAGCUGGAAAAAGGAUGUUGUGUGAGUGAGUGGUUCACUGAUGACUGAAGUAAUGCAUUAGCCUUUUUACUGCCCUUACCAGUAUGCUACAUGGUACCAUUUUCUGGCAUGAUUCUGCAACGAGUCAUACACUUAACGUUAACAAAUCCACUACAAGUUGUAUUAAUCUAGUUUGUCCUGCCUUCUCCUUCUGUUGCAUAAUUCCUAGUUGCUAAAGCUAUUUUUUGAUAUUCCUACAAAUGCUGCAGGUGCUUGGACUGCUUUUAUGGUAGCAGGCAUCUGACAGGUUUUGGUGACUAAUCAACUAAGGGCUAAAAUACUGAAACAAUAAAAAGAACUUUUUGAAUAUAUAUAGUGCUUAAGCAAAGAGAAUUUUGAAAAAUAUUUUCCCCCCCAGGUUUAAAUGUUCUGGCUUGCGAGCUGAUGCUGUCAGAACUCAAAACAGGACUGUGUGUACCCAUGCAACUGGAAUGCAUGGUCUUUGACCCUCUGGAUGAAGGUCAUUGUGUUGAGCUUCUUCCCUCCGUUGUGGCUCAUACUUGUCACUUUUCUGUCUGAUUCCUACUGAUGUUUUCUCCCCUGUCUUGGGAAGUGUCUUUGGCGCAGCACAGCUGCUCUCCUAGUAGGAGGCUGCAGCCACACAGCUCUUGGCUGGCCAAAAAAUAGAAAGGGAAGCUGUGAGCCUGUUUCUGCAAGCCUCGGGAGAGCUGGCAAAGGAUCAAGACUGCUUUCAUCCGAACGGCAGAAGAAAUGCCAUUGGAAUUGCUGGUAGCAGUUGUCGGUCUGAUUGUCUCACUCAACCCACCCCAAAAUAAAAAAGCAUUAGGAGGUGCAGCAUGCUCUGAGCCUGCCAAAACAGGACAACAGUGUGCUCACACAGCAUGGGGACUCUGGGCUCAGGAAGCUUAUCUACCUUGGGACUUGUUACCGGCACUAUCUCAGGAUAACAUGUGUACAGUUUAUAAAAUAUUUAACUUUAAAUGUUGGGCUGCGGUCUUUAUUUUAUAAUAUUACAGAGACACACAGUGACUCCUGGAAGUGGGCAGUGAUUGCUGCGUGACCCACACUGGAGUUGGUCUCACAGGCUUUACUCCUGUAGAUGAGUCCCAGUAGCCAUAAGAGGUCUGAUCCUGUCAGAUGGACAGACAGGACCCUCACAAAGGACUUCUCUGACAGUGCCAACUCGCUGGCCUCCCUUUGUGUGCCUGUUGUUACCACCUUGCAUUGCUGUAACCUGACAUCCUAAAAAUUGUGAUGUACCAAACAGAGGUCACAGAAAUGUCAUUGCAGCAACCAUUUCAAGGCUCCUGCUCAGCCUCCUCCCUCCAUCCCUUGUGCUCCCAUCGUUCAGGUGCUCUGGGAGGGGGAGAAGCAGCACAGCUGACAGAAACACACUUUUCCUCCUACCUCAAGAGAUCUGAAGGGCUUGCAAGCCUCACUGCUUUUUUUUAGCCCAGCCCCUGGGGAUCUGUGGUUACCCUGCAAGAACGAGGUUCACCAGCACCUUCACUGACUGGGCAAACUGGGCAUGAAGUGUCCUGGACUAGAGCUGCUUGGAAAAGCAGGGUUAGUCCAGCUGACCUGCUCUUCCCUGCUACUCUGUUCCUCCUGCUCCCCACCAGAGCUCUCAAAAGAAUGUUGAUGUUCAUAAAAAUAUUGAAAAUAAUUCUGACUUUUCCAUAUAUAUAUGGAAUAUAUAUAUAUAUAUAUACACACCUUGUCUGCCUGGUGUGAAAUUUAGUUUGUUAAAACCCAGCUGUUUUGUCCUCUGACUGAUUUAGCAGAGCUGUGAGCGCCCGUGCCCUGGGAGUGCUACCGUGACAGGGGCAGGACUUUUGGGGAGAGGGCAGUGGAGAGCUGGACCUGCACAGAGGUGUCAGAGACAGGGAAGCAUGGGCAGGCCACGGAUACUGAGACCUUUGCCUUUUUGCUCAAAAGAAUUGCCUUUCUUUCAAAGUGUGCAAAUAGCAAAAAUAAUUGUUAUAGGCGUUACUCUGAGUUGCUGAAAGCUCUUGGUAUGCAAUGUACUGAAAGGGUCAAAAGACCAGCUAAAAGGUGUUUUAAAUUACAGACAACCUCCACAAAGGGUGAGUGAAGCUGUGUUCUGCUACUGCAGAUCCCGGGUCAGAACCACCUACAGAUCAGCUCGUGGUUGACUGGAGUGUUUCCUUUCAUGCUGUGAGAAGAUCUUCUGAAGUGGAAAAACACCAAGUUGUUGGAGACAACCGGCUCUCUUGUUAUUCUAGUUUAUUGUAAAAAAUAUUCAAACUCCCAACAAACCUGGCUAAUGGAUCAUUCAGAAGCUUAAAGAAGGAGCUGUAUCUGGAUUUUUACUGCCCUAAAAGGACAUAAGCAUUUAGCUUGACAGGGACUGUCCUUAGAUCAGAAUGGCCCCUUUCAGCUUCCCGUGUCCCCUGGUUGCCCUCACAACGCUCUUAUCUUGAUCAAACGCUGCUCACUGGUUUCUAACUUUCACUUUUAACUAAGAGCUAAGUUUGGGGGUUUGCUGCAGUUUUUCUUGGAACCUCUGUUUCUGCCGGCUGCUCCAGGGCCCAUGACAUACAUUCUCGUGCAAGUACAACACAUGAAACAGGAGCAAUUAAAAAAUACUGGGGCGGUGAGGGGGGGGAAAUUUAAAAGCAGAGCAGUCCUUCUCAAAGGCUUUUUUUUUUUUUCUUUUGUUUUGGUCAAAUUCCACAGUACUUGAAAGAGGGUAAAGAGGAGGAGGAUGGUGGCAGGGUGGCAAAGGCCAGGUCUGCUGUGGCCCCCUCACCACGAAGGGUUUGGUGUGAAGGGAGCUGCAGCAGCCAUGACUGACAAACCUGUGGGCCAGAACCCACAGAGCCAGCUGGUGGGAGUGGAGCAGAGCAAAAAGGAGUUACUGUUUAGUUAAAUCUGCUCUUAAAUCCUAAUCCCUUGGCCAAGGAGGAGAGAAAACCUGAAAACUGAGUCAGCUUUUGUCAGUGUCAUGUCUGAAAAUACAGCCUAGGCCAGAGGCCCUGGUUAGUACUGGCUCUGAGGCCAGCCUGGCACACUCCUGAGGGUGUCCUCUUUUUGCCAUGGGUUAUUUCAUGUAUUUUCUUCAAAAGUGUGGUUAGAGCUGAGGCAGGGAGAGGCUCUGCACCUAAAUGAGCACAGGGUGGCUGGUGGUUCCCUCUGCUGAGGGAACUGGCAUGGCCCAGCCCAGGUAUUUGUAGUGCCUUCUCCAGCCCUGCUGGGGCCUCUCACUUAAACUGGCGAGAGUGCUAAAUGAGCAGAACAGUUUUGGUUUCAUUGGAAAUGUCACCCUGCGGAGCUGCUGGAUGGAGCUUGCUUGCAGGAUGAGGUGGAAAACAACCAAGCUCAGUGGUUUGAGUCCUGUGCUUAUUGUUGGAGCCAUCAGCUGCUUCCCCCCGCUGAUUGUUUAAUAUGGCCUUACUCUCUCCUUCAAUGACCCCACACUUGACCAAGGCCUAGCAGAUCCACAACUCAUUUGCUUUGUGGACUAAACUACAUUUUUACAUUUACAAUUCCUUUAUGACAGGAGGCAGCAUUCAUUUCCUUACUGGCUGAAAUGGACACUUUCACCUGAGAACUGCCAGCAGCCAUGAAAGUGGAGCAAGGUGUUUGCAGCCAUCUCGCUUUGCCAGUGGCAGCACCUGCUUUCUUCAUUGUCACUAACUCCAUCCUAGAUGUAGAUUUUGGGGUUGCAUUCAGCUGCAGGAAUUCAGAAGUUUAGUAACUCAAAGACCAUCAAAUGCUGUGAUGAGAACGAAGCACAGGGCAAUGCCUUCCCUUUGUCCCCCCAUUCUGUGAAACUUGCUCAGGUUUGAAAAAAAAAAAAUAAAUAAAAGCCACCAAAAUAGCAGACAUUUGCCAUGUCAAAGCCAGGAUAUUUUUUUGUUUGUUUUCAAAUAAAAAUAAACUUUUUCAUGUGCAAAUGAAGCAUUAUACUUUUUUUUAAAUUUUAUUUUUUUUUAUUUGUAAAUUUGUGGGGAAGCAUUAAACAGUCAUCUCUGUUAGGAAGGGACAAGUCAUUGCUAGAGGGAAGGGGCUCGCCUUCCUCAU